GUCUCUGCAAACCUCAGUCUCCUUUCUGAAAGCUCUCCCCUCUCAUCUUCCGGUUCAGGUGCUACACCUCUUCCGCUCUCUACUGUAACCGUCCGGGGCGGUAGAUUGUCAGAUCAAAAGUUGCCUCCAUUCUGCAAUAUGUCACAGAAUAGUUCGUGACAUAUCAAGUGGAUGCAUGCUGUAUUUUUCACUUGAAUCAGAUUGAGUUUCUCCUCUCUGAUCGGAGAGAAAAGAUGGGUUUGUGAAGGGCGGAGACUCCAUGGAGAGAGCCGAAGAAGAGAUGAGCAGGACGAGAUUGUCAGGGAAGAAGAGACGAGAGACGAGCUGGAGGAGAUUUCCAGCGAAGAAGAGGACCGGGACGAAGUCGUUGUCGGGGCUGCUGCUCCACCUUCACCUCCUCCGACAUUUUUACCGUGGAGAGAAAAUUGGGAGUCUAUACUCAGAGAGGCGAGUAGGGAAAGGAAUGUUGAAGUCCUAACGGAUAUUUUAUUUGAAAACCGUUUUCUUCACAAAGCCAUUGAACGAGGUGAAAUUGACUUUGUUCGGGAUUUAACUCACUUUAGAUUGUUUGACCCAAUAGAUGAGGAUCCUGAUCUAUCUGUCUUUAUUUUCAAAUUACUCAUCCAAACGUGUAAACGUUAUGUUAAAUUGGAAGAUGAAGAUAAUAUUCUAGAGUUUUUAAAGCUAAAAUUCUCUGAAGUUGUAUAAACAGAUAUUGACAAAACAAAUAUCUUAAAAAUAGUUCCAGUAGAAGAUAAAUUUAAAGAUUCUCCUAUGGCAAGCUGUCUCAUGCUAUUCUCAAACGGCUGAAAGCUAUGCUGAUGAAUCUCGGGUCAUUAAUAUUUUUGCGCACGCCCCUCCAUGUUGCUGUGAUAAAUAGACAUAAAGAUACAGCUGAAUAUUUACUGGUAGAGCAGGAGAACCUAGACGAAUUUGAUUCACAUUUUGAAGAAAAAGGUCACAGAGAUGUUUAUGGCCUGACUCCUUUGCACUAUGCUGUCCUCAUGGAGUCUGAAAGUCUGGUGAAUGUCCUCGUCCAAAGCCCCUCUUGCUCCGCGUUUGUCAACAUGGGUGACUUUUCUCAUCGCACGCCACUGCACUUGUCAUACGCUCGGUGUCCCGGGCAACGGGAGACCCUUGCGACGGACGUGGUUACAAUCCUCGUUACGAACUCCAUAGACCUGAACGCGAAGGACUGCUGUGGUUACACACCGCUCCAUUGGGCCGUACACGUCGGCGCGCCGGGCGUCGUCACCCUUCUCCUGAAAAGAAAAAUCAAACUCGACGAGAAGGAUGUCGACGGUAAGACCGUAGUUCACCACAUGCAUGCAGCGGCGCGGUCGACCGUAGGCGACGUGCAGAGACGGGAAACAAUGCUGGAACUGGAGGGCGUUGUCACGUCGGAUCCAAGGGUGGAGAAGAGAAUCGAUCGUAUGUAUCGCGAUCGACAGGUGUACGUGGACGCCGCCAACGCCAUUCUGGUAGGCGCGGCCCUCAUCGCCAGCGUGACGUACGGAGGAUGGCUGCAACCUCCGCUGGGCGACCAGGACGACCACACGAAAAGGAUCACGACCAUCUUCAACAGCUUGUGCUUCUCGUUUACCGUCAUGGCCGGAGCGGACUUGUUCAUAGAGGACGCUGUGGCGCGAGUUCGCGACUGGUUGGCCGUGACGGCCUUCCUGUUGUUGGUGUCGGCCGCGUUCGUGCUGGGGGCGUUCGGCGCAGCGGGGUUCGCGUCCAUGACCACGGUCGGCGACCUGGAGGCCAACAUGACGGCCACGACGAUCGUCGGGGGCGUGGUGUGGCUGCUCAUCGCGUCGGUGUUCUUGCGGGGCCUGUCCAGAGUCAGCAGCGUCUGGCCGUCGAAGCGCUUGUUGAAAUGGUAUGCGCGGCUAUUCUCGUCACCUUCUGCUCCUUUGCGAGCGCGCAGUGAAAACUCUUUAGUUUUCUACGAACAGUUGAGGCUCUCCGCGCUGCCCGUAGACUUUAGUGGUGUUGCAUAUUUGUCCAGUAGUGCAUUUCUAUCUAAUCAUCGGAAUAUACAGUUUCCAACUACGGACUCGUGCAGACAAUUUUGCAUAGAAAGAGAUUCUCUUUUUCCUUUUAGAUCGAGUGAACCGAGUCAUGAAGAAUCGCGUAAGAUGCUUCAUUUUAGGUUAGCAGAACAAGGGUUGGUAAUACCGAGUCAAGAAGAAUGGUGGGAAAAAGUUAAGUUGAACCUAAAGAAGUUCACUCGGUUAGCCACUAAUCGCAAUUCUUUCUUUAAUUAUUUGCGAUUAUUCCAAAAGGAAAAUGAAUUUUUAUUUUUCAGAUUUCGACCUCCCAAUAGUAUCAUUUCUUAUUACUGACAUCUUUCCAAUAGUGCAAAAAAAUGAAAAAUUAUAAGUUAAAAUCAUUAGGCAUGAUAGUGUCUAAUAGAUAUGUAUUCAACAAAAUUUUUCAAAAAAAAAUUUGAAUUUGAUUGUUUAUUGCUC